AUGACAUUGAAGGAGCAAAUGGGCCGGCUUAAGGCGGACGAAGGUGCCAUUCCGGAGGAAGAAGAAGAAGAAGAAGAAGAAGAAGAAUUGUGGAUAUGUCGAAUUUUCUGCAGAUGGCUUAAAUUUCGACUCCGAAUAACCGUUUUCCGUUUGUCUUUGGUUCCAAUUGUGGGCCCUAAGGAAACCGCUACAGACCCUCCAAUUUCAUUGGCGGGCGGCUGCGGAGGAAGAGAAGAAGAAUUUGCAGGAGAAUCAGCGAACAAGAAGGGUCGGGCGAGAGAGAGGAAUGCGAGGAGGAAGAAGGUGAGAGAGAGUUAG